UUGUUUGGAAAUAGAGCAGUGGAUGAGUGGAGCAAGUUACUGAACAUCAUCAUUAACUCGAAUGUGCUGUUAAGCUUCAAAUAUAGGUUGGACGGAUGUAAAUGGGGCUGCCUAUUAUGGGUUAAUAGGCCCGCUGCAGUGUACUCUGUUCUUAAGUUCUAUGUCAAUCUCGCAACUGAAUUGAUGACGUGUGUGAAUUGUCCUGGUGCUGAGCUUAAUUGAGUUUGUUGCCAAGCAUGUAUAGUAAAUCUAUAGAGUACUUAUACCUGUAAUCAAUUUUAUAAUUAAACUCUCCAUUGCAAGUAUAUAUAAUAAUACCUUGAAGUUUACUAGAUUCAAAAACUUAAUUUAAGAAAUAUUUGGGCUUACAAUUCUGAUUCAGUAGUUCACCAUGUAGUCGAUUGAUAUUUCUUGUUAAAUUUGUCAUAUAAGUUCACAUUUGUUCAGCAUACAUACACACUGUAGGCAUACAAACAAUAACAUUCAGGCCAUUUGGUCAAUGACUGUACAGUAUAUACAGUACAAAAGUGUUAUUAUAAGCUUACUUCCACUGCAGUCCUUUCCAACUAGUAUAGUAUAGUAUAUAAUCUAUGUGCCUUUACUAAACAAAAAGAAAAAUGUGGAAUAUAAAUCUAUUAAUCAGUCCCGUUUUAUUAAGCUGUGGCUGUUUUCAAAAUCUGCCACAAGUUUACUUUUACUUUUUUUACUUUUAUCCUCUUCGCCACUGAUCGGCUUGUUAGCCGCUUGGGCGAUCGGUCACGUCUCUGAUUACUUUUCCUUUUCAUUUAUCUUCUGACUCUGUAAACCUUACUUAUUGUAGCCUGGUUUGAGAAAGUUUGUGUUUACAUUAUAUUUUCUUUUUAUUAAAUUUAAACAACAUAUGUUACCUUGACAGGCCUAACCCAAAUGCUAUAGUAAUUUUAUAUCAAUACAAUUCAAACUACAAGUGAAUAUUGCAACAUAUUUUACCAUUACAUUGAACCAAAUGCUGAAGACUUUUCCUUCUCACUCUCUAAACUGUCUUUUUAAUAUUUUUUCUGUAUUUUCCUGUAUACAGGUCAGUCACAGUAUGGCUAGAAUCAAGAGCAAACACAGACUCACACAUAAUUCACUCUUUCAUUCUCUAGUUAACUGCUGCAAUGUGUUCCACUGUGGCAUUUCCCUUUCUCAACAAGACCCUUGAAUCUCUCUUUGGUUUAUCCCUGUUGCUUCACACAAAACUUAGUUAAAACUGAAGAAAAUAAGAAAAACUAAAGACACAUCUAGUUGAUGAAGGUGUUUGAUGAAAAAGGUCAAAAAUAAAUAACCAUGAGCAUAAUAAUCUAGCCCCUGCACCUGCACAUGGGGCUCUCUGAAAAUCUGAAUAGUAAAAUACCCCAUAAGAAAAUAAGAAAAAUCACUAAUACUGUCAUUAUUAUUAUUUGCUGUGUUACUAACAUAUACAGGUAGUACUACAGUAUGUCAAUUGUCUGACAAGAUUGAGAAUGGAAAUGAAUUAGAUUAGGAAUUUUCUAAAUUUUGGAAAUCAGCCAAGGAAACCAUUGUACCACUAACACUGGCAGAUGUAUGAGAAUUGACAAUUGACUGAAGUAACCAGUAAUGCUAGAAAUUUUGACCUUAUAUUUUUCCACUUUUCAAUUCCUGUGUCAAUCAUUUUAACUGUAUAACUUCAAUAUCUUAUUACUUCUGUUCCAUUUUCAAAUUCAUGCAAGAGUUUCUUUACAGUCUCACCUGCAUCUGUUGCUGUGUUAUAUCUACGUUUUUUGUUUAUUGUUUAGUUGAUGCUGGAGAUGGUAAGGCAUCCAUUGAUAAUUUUUUGGUUGCCAUAAUUACCAUGGGUGCAAUUAUAGUCAGUACACAGUGGAACACUGCAGCAGAACACAAACCUCAAGUUGGUUUAAAUACAAUUGACAAUUAGCACUAAAUUAUGAUUUUUUUUGUCUGAUUAAAAUUCUGCGAUUAGAGAGUCCAAAGGAUGGAGACACGAGUAAUUGAUGCACUGUCUGUAAUAUAACCACCCAUGUGAAAAUUUUUGCAUUUUGUGAUGUACAGUACAGUAUAUUGAACUCCAACAUAAGUUACAAGAAUGUUUUUACUUUAUUGUCACCCAUGAAUAAUUUAUGUUACUGAUUAUAUAUAAUUUUUCAGGAGGUUGCUUGACAACGGUGUUAAGAGAGGAAUCCCACACAAUACUUCCGCUAUACCAGAACGUUGCUCAGAACGCAUCAUGGACAAGAACCUUUAUUAUCUCCAAGCUGCAUCUUCCAGCCAGGACUACACCAGAGAGGCAUCUACCAGUCCUGACCACAUCAGAGAGGCAUCUACAAGUCCUGACCAUACCAGAGAGGCAUCUACCAGCCUUGACCACACCAGAGAGGAGAAACCUUCACCUCAAAUACUUGAUGGUGUGGAACCAAGAGAGGAAGGAGUUACAGUUACAAGCUUCUUAAGCCCUAGGGAGAGGACUUUUAAAGAGUUGUAUGGCUGUGAGACAGAGAAUCAAGAAGGGAUGGUUGAAGGAUCAUCUUUUGAGUGUGAUGUGGAUAUCAAUGACUUUGAUGUUAGGUACACUGAGGAUGAAAUGGACACUGAAGAAAAUUGUGCAAAGAGGAAAUUAUUUUUUAAAGAUGUUAAAACAGAGAAGAGUCAAAGUGAACUGAAUUCAUUAGUAAAGUUCACUAAAUCAUCAUUCCAAGAUUUUGCUGACAGGGGCACAGUUUUUCAGGAUUAUGAAAUGGCAGGAAAUCAAAUGAUGCUGGAUUUUGCAGAAAAUUCCACUAAAAUUAUGUCUAAGUGUUUAGCUAUAAGUGAGUUGAGUUUCAAUGAUUCUGAAAAUGGGAACAGUCAAAAUGGCCUAAACUCCAUAGAAAUGUCCAACAAAGCAACUUUCAAGUGUUAUGAAUGUGGACAUCAAUUUCUUCAGAAGUCUAAGAUAGUGUCACAUCUCAAGACUCAUACUCAAGAAGAGCACUUUGAAUGUGAUGAGUGUGGUCAAAUUUUUUUGGAGUCUAGGCUUUUAAAGGAACACCUAUUGUGUGUGUCUGCUGAAUCUACUGAAGGCAGAUUCAAGUGUUCUUAUUGCAAUCACACUUUUUUACAGGACAGCAAUCGGAAAAAUCAUGAGCGUGUUCACGGUCAGAGUCAGACCAAGUUGGUACCAUGUUGUUUGUGUUCAUUACACUUUUCAGAUAUUAAGUGUGUGCAAAGACAUGCCAGAAAGGUUCACUCACAAGUAAAAGAAUUUAAAUGUCUUGCAUGUGGAGUGAAAUAUUCCAGUUUCAGCCACCUGCAAAGACAUUUAAAGCAAGUCUCCAUGGAUUACCCAUAUAAGUGCUUAAUAUGUGGUCAUAAAUAUGCCUCCGUUUUAAGCCUGAAGAGGCAUCACUCUCAGCAUUGCAAACCUAAGUCAUUUACCUGUUUAUAUUGUUUAUCAACAUUCAGCACUAAAACACAUCUUCAAGGACAUUUGUCUCUUCAAGGAAAAUUAAAUCAGUAUCAAUGUCCUGGCUGUAGAAUAGAAUUUUUUAACUUUAAAGAUCUCAAAAGACAUGAGAAAUUUUACAAUAGAGAUAGACCAUUUAAGUGUUCAGAGUGUGGACACACAUUUAGUACUCAAGGUCACCUGGAUGGCCAUCAGAGGAUACACACAGGAGAGGGCUGGAAGUGUAGGUUAUGUGGUGAAACUUUCAAGAAGGAAAGUUACCUAAAAACUCACAUCCAGAUUCAUUCAGAAGCAUCAUACACUUUCAUAGAAACUCCAAAUUGUGCCCAGUAUCAUGAACAAGGCUUUUAUCCUCUCAGCAUCAUGCAGGAGUUGAGGAGUAUCAGAUUUAUAAACUCCCAGAACAUGUACUUCCAUUGUCAAACUCAUACACUUGAGCACAACCAGAAAGAGCCAGAAGAUAAUGUGAUGGUUGGCAGAAACCCAUCUUCUUGUCUUGAGUAUAAUGGUAUGACAUGCAACCAAACCUCUCAACUAAUGCAAGUGUCACGUCAACCCAUACGGGAUAUGACUUCUUGUCACCAUCCACAUCAAGAAUGUCAUGAUACUGAGUCAGAGCCCACUGACCAUAUUGAUGUUGGAAGGUUAGAUGAUACUCAAGCUGGAGACGUUUUCAUGCAAAGUAAUCAUUGUGAAAUGGAGGAAAGGACCCAGACAGUUGGGUCCCCAGAAGAGAAUGGCUGCUGUAUUGAACAGAAAAAAGUUAAACCUGCUGAAUCUGUAUGUGACAACUCCCCCUAUGUAAUCUUUAAGCCAUUCCCCAUGCAAAAGAUGAUGACUAACUUUGGUUCACAAGAGUAUGACCACCAGAGUCAAGUGUCCAGUAAUCUUAGACAAUAUCACAAAAUUGAGUGCAAAGAAUGUAAUUCCCAAAUUUCUGGUGCAUCUAAUUUCAGAGGACACAUGUUACUUCACACUGGUGACAGACCAUUUGAAUGUAAACUGUGCAAGGCUAAAUUUGUCCGCAAAGACAACCUUGGCAGACACAUGAUACGAACACACAGCACACGACAAAAGACACAUAUGUCAGAUGAUAAUUAACUCUGCAGGAAAAUAAAAGUGUCAGUUACUUACUGCUUCAGUGUACUGCAUUUGAAUUAUGCAUUUCUUCUGGACAACAUACAGUAUAUGCACCAGUCAUUAUAAUGUCUAAUGAAUUAGCCAUGUUAUUAGCUAUUAUGUGCCAAGUUUUACAUGCUAAACUACUCUAUAUAGUUUUUGUAUUUGCAGUACUGUAUUUAUAUUUUAAGUACAGUACUGUACUGUAUAAUAAUUCUAUUACAUAAAGAUAAACCAUCUUAGUUUAUAUCUGGAAUGUUAUGAUUUGGGCCAGGACAAUUUACAAAAUACUAGAAGUGCUUUUGUAAUUACUGUUUGUCAUGUACCAUAUGCAUUUCAUGGGAGAGCAUGGUUUUGAGGGAUUAUUGGGGAUGUUAUGACAUGAAGAGAGAUGGGAGAGUAUUUGUUUGCUCUUGGUUCUGGCCACCUAGUGCAAUACAAAAGAUGGAGAAAAACAACUGUAUAUCUGGCUACUUUUACACUGACUAUUUUAAAAGGCUAACUCCCAUAUUUGGAAGUGAAUCUUCAUUCUCUCAAUAAAACAGAAACCCCCAAUUCGAAUAUGUUCUGUCUCAUUAGGAUUUUCAAAUAAGAAAUCUAGAUACAAACAAAGGGGUACAUUUCAUCAAGCUUUGGAGUACUAUAUGAAAAAACUUGUUCAGUAAAUAGCCUGUACAGAGUACAAGUACUUCAUUUUAAAGAAAAUUGUUGUGUAAUAAGUAGGAGUUGGAAGACAAAAAUCUGUUUUACCAGGAUUGUCAUCACUGGGGAGGGUUGUGCUGCCAAGUGAUGAUGUUGGGUCACCAAAAGCAACAGGGAUAAGCCAGGGUGACAUUUAGGGCCUUGUUGUGGAAGGGUAUUACCAUAAACUAGUAAAUCACAUCUCUUACAGCAGUGAUAGAUGGCCAAGUUGUAUCUUUAUAUAUAUUACGCCCACCCUGUAUUAUGGCUGAAGAAGUCUUACAGGUUUAUUUGGUAGGAAAGGAAACAUGUCAGAGAGCCAAUUACUGUAUAUACUGUAAUCCUGACAUUCUGUCGGGAAGGACUUUAUCAAAGGCAUGAACUCGAGUACAUCACAUGCUUAUAAAGAAAAAUAGGUGGUGUAUUCCUGUUUUCAUGCCUUUUAUAAAGUCUUUCGUGAAGAAAUAUCAGCAGUAUACGUAUUUGUCUCUCUGACCCUGUGUUUGCUUUGUUACCAUAUAACUAUUUAAGUCUUUUAGUAUUAAAUAUAUAAUCUCUAUUGCCACUGUUUGGAAAGUAAUGUGGGGUUUCAUAUCGUCUGAUUUUAUUGUUCACUUCUGUUGUAUCUAUACAUUAUUUUGCCUUCUUAGAUGAGAGAGGGGGGAUAUGGUGCAACCCAUCCCUGGUCUGAAGGGAUUAUUGGAAACCUUUAUACGUACCUGUACUGUACUGUAAUGUAUUUAAACUAACCAAAGAAAUUAAGAUAUAAUUUAUAUUAGUUGUUGGUUUGCUAAAGCACUUGAUGUCAUUUUGACCAAUAUUUGAUGGCUCAAAAACUCCAGCUGGACUGAUAACAAGUUGAGCCAUCAUGAGUGUUACUGGUAGAGCCACAUUAACUGUUGUUUCUUUAACAUACAUGAACCAUAACCUAGUGUUGUUAUACUUCUUAAUACUUUUAUCCCUAAAUGCAUUAAAUAUAUACCCUUGAUACUUUUACCCCAAAAUAUACAAAUUAUUUUAUGUUCUUGAUAUGUUUAUUCCAGAAUAUUGUAAUGUAGAGUCCAUGAAUUAUUGUCUAUUCUUGAUACAGUACUGUACAUUUACCAGUAUCCCAACAAACAUAAAAUAUUUAUUGUCCUUGGUAAGUUUAUUCCAAAAUAUAUGAAAUGCAGCUGUGUUGAACUUUCUUGAUAAUUUAUCUCGAAAACACAAAAGAUUUUUCACCCUUGAUAGUUUUAAUCCAAAAUGCAUGCAGUAUAUUUCCUCUUCAACUUUUAAUUUUUAAAUUGACGAUGAAUAUAAAAUUGUUUAUGAUCGCAAUGAAAUCUUUGUGUUUUGUUUAGCCGGAAAACCAAAGUAGAUUGAUUAUGAGAAAAAUCUAAACAUAAGUGAUAAUUGCAAUAAAUGAGUUGAUUGAUUGCGAUUGCUAACUACCAAGUCAUGCUGCGACACUGGCGAGUUCACUGCCUGCAAUUUUUUUCUUUCAGGUUUAAUGUAAUCCAUAUGGUGGUACAACUCACUUAGCAACCAGUCAACUUUUAUAUUGAAAUUGUUGCUACAGAUGCCAUACCUAGGAAAUAGGUAAAGUGGUUAUUAGCUGCUAAAGUAGAUCUUUGUAAAAAAAAUAUAUAUUAAUAAUAAUUCUUUCAGUAAGUGAGAUGUUCAUUCAUUCACUCAGGAUUGGUAUUGAGAGGCUGGUUCACUCAACAUAAAUAUCCAUGCAAUGAGCCAGAAUUGUGAUAUAAUAUUAGUGACACAACCAAGGUGUACAGUACAGGGGGUCCCCGGGCUCCGUUGCUGAGGACUUUCUAAAGUCUGAUUUGUAUGUAAGUGGGAACACAUGCUAUGUACAUACUGUACUUACAAAAUAAUGCUUAAAAUCCCACUAUAUCAUAGCAUAUUCCAUACAUACAUCUAAAAUCACUUAAUUUAAGACAAAAAAUUAAAUAAAAUGACAAAAUACAGUAAAUAAAAGUAAAAUAAGCCAUCUGGUAAAGAAAAUACUGUAAAUUUCAAGUUUAACACCGUUCGUAUCGGCAGGAGCUCGUAAGUCGGGGACCUCCUGUACUUAUUAUUAGUUUAUUUUAGUAUCCUCAGCUAUUAGACAAGGAAACUACCUGUACUGGUUUUUGUUGUUAAAUUUAUGGAUCUGUGAAGACUUUUGGGGUAUGAACCAAAAUAUUUAUUAAAACUGUAUGUGCAAUGCUAUCGUAUUUUCCACAUGUGUAGUUUUCAUAUGGAUGGUGAAUUUUAUAAAGAUAUUUUCAGUCAAUAUUGCCCAACAGUCAAUACUGAACAAAGUUUUCUCUUACUGUAAGCUAACACUUUGCAUUUCUCUUUCUUCACUGUUUUACGAUCAUUUUCCAAACUCGCUUUAAAACUGUUUAGAGUAUAGUACUUCAGAGGAUUAUUUUUUUAUAUAAAUGGUUAUAAAAAAUAUACUUUUUUAGUGUGCAAGAAUAAAUUACUUUAGUGA